UAAAGUCACGUGGUUUCGGGGAAAAGGCUGUGUCCGGGGGCUGGACGGGGACUGACGGAUUCGAACUUGAGAGCAACAGAAAGCGACGGCUUCACAGAGGAAACACCGCAGAGGUUACUUCCGCCUGUUAGGUAAAAAAACCCGUUUUAUUAGGCCAUGGUGGCGGUGAGGAUGCGCUCCACGCGCAAGCUGCGCUCGUGGAUCAUCGAGCAGGUCAGCAGCGGGAAGUACCCGGGCGUCAUGUGGGACGACGACGCCAAAACCAUGUUCCGGAUCCCCUGGAAACACGCCGGAAAGCAGGACUUUCGUAAAGACGAAGACGCCGCCAUCUUUAAGGCGUGGGCGGAGUUUAAGGGAAAGCUGACGGACGGCGGUGAGGACAACCCGGCUGGCUGGAAGACGCGCCUCCGCUGCGCUCUUAACAAGAGUCCGGAGUUCCAGGAGGUUCCGGAGCGAGCCCAGCUGGACAUCUCGGAGCCCUACAAGGUCUACCGGCUCGUCCCCAUCAGCGAGCAGGGUUUGGUGAUGCCCGAGAAGAAAAGCAAGGAAAAGGGCAGCAGGAAGCUGAAGAGGCGCGGCAGCGAGGCCCAGAGCGAACCCAGUCUGGUCAAACAGAUGAAAACCGACGAGGCUCCGCCCCCACAGCUGGAGGUGGAGCUUCUGCUGCAGAGCGCCAUCCCGUCACCGAUGGAGGAGCCCCCGCAGAGCAGCACCGUCCUGCAAACCGACGCUCUAGGGGAGAUCCAGCUGGACGUGCGCAUCGAGGAGAGCGUCUCCCCCCCUGCUCCAGGUCAGGACUCCAUCGUGGUGGCGGUUCAGUAUCUGGGGCAGGAGGUGGCCCGGCGGCAGAUCCACGGCUCCGACGUCAGGAUCCUGUACCAGCCGUCGUCCGCCCUGCCGCCGACGCCGGCCGCCCUGAACAAGAGCUUCCCGCGGAUCCUGCUGCCGGAGCCACCCCCCACGCUGCCCGCCGGCCAGCAGCGCCAAGCCAUUUUCACCCUGCUGCCCUUCAUGGAGAGGGGGGUGGUGCUGACCUCCCAACCGCAGGGCGUUUACGGAAAGAGGUUCUGCCAGGGGCGGGUCUUUUGGACCGGGCCGCAUGGCUGUGAAGCGGGUCUGCAGCGCAUGGAGCGGAACACGGAGCCGGUGCUGCUCUUCAGUAAAGACAUCUUCAGGCAGCAACUGGAUCAUUUCCGGACCAGCGGGGGCGAGCCCCCCCAGUGCAGCUUCACUCUGUGCUUUGGGGAGGAGCUGUCUCACACAGAGGACCCCAGCACCAAACUGAUCACCGCCACGGUUUCCAUUCCCUGGGCGGAGGAGCAGGUCCAGAACGCCCUCUCCAUCUUUCAGUCCAUCUCCGUGCUCCAGACUCUGGCUAGUCAGUCUCCGCUGGGGGAGAUCACCCUGAACCUGGUGUCGGUGCCGGCAGCAGCUCAGGAGCCACCAACAUCUCCCUCCGUCUGACCGGGAGCGCCGCCGAGGGAGGGGGGGGACGAGCAACCAGAAGGUUUUGCUCUAAGGAGUUUUUGCACAAACAUCUCCAGCACUUCUAUUUCACCUUUACGCCAAGUUUGAACCUUCAACCCCAAAAAUCAAGUGAACUGAAGGUUUUCAGAUCAGGAAACACUAAGACUGAAGGAACGUUGUAUACAUGAACGUUCCUCAGAAGAUGGAGGAAAAAAACAAGUUCAAACUUUUAUUUUGGGAUCUGGAGUGUGACUUCCUGCUUCCACAUUCUCCUCAGAAGCUUAGAGCUUCACAUUCCUGAUGAUCAGAUGUUCUGGUCGGUAAAUCCGUCCAAUCGUCUUCUCUGUGAGAUGAAGAUGCUCACCGGACUUUCCUGAGUUUCAUCCACGUGUUCCACUGCAAAUGUUCGGGAUUAAAGUCACGAACGUUCCCGUUUGAAAUGUAAAGGCAGCAGAACUCAUCCGUGGAGGAGGUGGAUCCACGGAGGAUCGAAGGUUUCCAAAGUGAAAAAGACGGAUUGCAGCUUCAUCACAUCGUCUUCGUUUUCCAGCUGGAGCUGCAAACUCACCUGUCUGUGGAAGGGACACCUCCUGUUUGAAGGACAAGCUCUGUGCACGUGUGUGUGUGCACACGUUAACAUGCACGUCUGUUUGUACGUCUAUGUACAACUGCACGUGUGUGUACAUAUGCUUGAGUGAGUGCACGUUUACGUGUAUUUGUUUGCACAUAUGUGUGCACGUUCAUUUGUCUGUGAGUGUGUGCGCUUAACGUGUGCAUGUCUAUGUGCGUGUAUAUGUCUGGGUGUGUGCACAUGUGUACUUGAAUGUGUAUCUGUGUGUGCGCAAAUCUAUGCGCAAGUGCACGUUUGUGUGUUUGCAUAUAUGUGUGCACGUGUAGUUGUUUGUGUACGUCUGUGUGUUUGCACAUUUUUGUGCGUGUAUUUCUGUAUGUGUGCGACCCUCUGUGUGUUUGUGCACAUGCGCGUGUAUUUGUCUUUGUGCGUGUGAAAAACCACAAGACAAGAGCUGC